UGUGGAAAAACACGUUAGGAUCCAUUUCACAGUUUCGAAAACUCUCCGAUAAGAGUCUUACAAUAGAAGUUCUUUCAUCUGAUUUGAUGUCAGCUUGCGCAACAACACAAAAACAAAGAACUGCAAAAGCUACAAUGGUGCUAAAAUAUAAGUCUGAAAUACUAGCAAAUAAUUCGGAACCUAUACUCACACUCUUUACUACUUGGAAAGAUAGUCCUGAAAAAUAUCUAAUGCAUAAUUUAACAUUAUAUAAUUGGGUGGCGUUACGUCCGUUUGAGAUGCCUGUGAUCUUUACAAACGAGACUUCAGUCGCUGAAGAAUGCGCGAGGAAUGGUUGGGAAGCAAGACAGGUACAUGUAGCAGCAGCAGACGGCGUUCCUAUAUUAAAAUAUAUGUACAAAGACGUGAUGGAUAGUCAUAAUUCUACGUGUUACGCUUACAGUAACGGUGAUUCUGUUUACCGAUACGCUCAUAAAUACGUUACUUUUGUGAGAAAUUUUAGUGUGAAUUUAGAUAAACCUGUACUAAUGGUUGGCGAGAGAAGUAAUGUCCUUAAUGUGACAGAGUCAGAAGCAUCUACGUGGGGUAAUAUCAACCAAAUGGCUGAGGAGCGGGGUAAACUGUUCACAGGUUGGGCGGAGGACUACUUUAUUACUACACGUUCAUUUCCGUGGAAUGAUAUAGCGGAAGUUGUAAUUGGGCGGAGAGCAUACGAUAAUUGGCUAGUGUAUUAUUUCAGAAAAUCCCAACAUACUGUGAUUGAUAGUACAAAAACACUUCUUGCUGUGCACCAGACGACAAAGCUGGCAAUCGUGAAGGUCAUGGUCAUAAAAAUAAAGACUACAAUCACAAUUUACUGGUGAAGAAAUACAAACGUCUGAAAUAUAACGCUGGCGUAAUAGAAUGUGCUGAAAAAUAUACAGCCUAUGAAAAUGGUAUUGUUGUUGUUAAAUCCAGAGUUGUUCCAACAUCAUGCAUGACUUGAAAAUAGGAGAUAUGCAGCAUCGAACCUCAGCUAGCGAUGAAACUAUUUAGUGACUUCGAACUGCUGCAGACAACGACUGAUAUAAGUCAUGACAAAGUUGUUUAUUUCUAUCCGCUUUGUAUAAUAAAGUUCUGUUUUGUUUGUCCCCUAAAUUAAAAUUAAGACCUGUAAGCAUUCCCAGUGUUGUGUCUAAAAUUCUGGAGCGUUCUGUAUAUACAUGUUAUAAGUUUUCUGAAAACGUUUAUAAACAUUCCUUAUUAUACCAGUUCCUUUUAGGUUUUAGAUCGAAAUACUCUAUCGAUACUAGCCUUAUACAUAUGUAAGAUGAUAUAAAAA